AUGCGGAGCAAAUGUGACCUGGUAACAGAAACCGACUGUCAAGCAGUCGGAAUGUGGCCCCACAAACCGGCGUCUGAGCCUGUCUUGGCGACAUUCGAAAGAGCAUUUGGUGCCGGGAAAGACAGGGUCUCCGAGGCGGCCACAUUUGGAAGGGCUUCAUCAUGUCGUUUGGCCGCUUCCCUCGUCGAAGAAGACAACUUUGUUGCAAUCAAAUUCAACACAAUGCUCGCGAUUAAUUGGAUAAGGUUCAGGUCAUGA